UCGCCUCGCGCCCGGGAAGCUCUGUGCGGCCCCGGGGCCCUUGGGCCCCGCGCACCCGCUUUCCCGAGUCCCACUGGCCCAUGGGUGUCCAUGGCGACAGCAGGGGCCCGGCCCGGGGGCGGGCAGCCCGAGUGGGGCCGCGGCGCUCCGGGGGCUUGCGCGGCGGCGUCGCCGUGUUCGCCGCUGUGGCCGCCGUGUUCACCCUCACGCUGCCCCCCUCGGUGCCGGGGGGAGACUCGGGGGAACUGAUCACAGCCGCACAUGAGCUUGGAGUUGCCCAUCCUCCUGGCUAUCCUUUGUUUACUCUGGUGGCUAAACUGGCAAUUAUACUGUUUCCUUUUGGCUCUGUUGCCUACCGAGUCAAUCUUCUGUGUGGCUUAUUUGGAGCGGUAGCUGCAUCAUUACUUUUUUUCACCGUUUUCAGGCUUUCUGGCUCAUAUGCUGGAGGAAUCCUUGCUGCGGGGGUGUUUUCAUUUUCUCGUCUAACAUGGCAGUGGUCCAUUGCAGCAGAGGUUUUUAGCUUAAACAAUCUGUUUGUGGGGCUGCUUAUGGCUCUUACUGUACAUUUUGAGGAGGCAGCAACUGCAAAAGAAAGAUCAAAGAUAGCUAAAAUUGGUGCUUUCUGCUGUGGCCUUAGCUUAUGUAAUCAACACACAAUAGUACUCUAUGUUUUGUGCAUAAUACCAUGGGUUCUCUUUCGACUUUUAAAAGAGAAGGAACUUACCCUGGGCUCUUUGUUGAAGCUGAGUGUGUACUUCUCCAUGGGUUUGCUGCCCUAUGUCUACCUUCCUAUCUCAUCCUAUCUCAACCAAGCCCGUUGGACCUGGGGAGACCAGACAACAUUGCUAGGAUUUUUGACGCAUUUUCUCAGGGAAGAAUAUGGAACAUUCAGUCUGGCCAAAACUGAAAUAGGAUCCAGUAUGUCUAAAAUAUUGUUUUCUCAGCUAACAAAUAUGAGGACUGAACUCUCAUUCAACAUUCAAGCCCUUGCAGUUUGGGCAAAUCUAUGUUUACCAAGAAAGAGCACACAGAAUCCCUCAUUAGUCUGGCUUUUUACUGGAAUGCUUUGUGUUUAUUCAUUGUUCUUUGGUUGGAGGGCAAAUUUAGACAUUUCAAAACCUCUUUUCAUGGGUGUGGUAGAACGAUUCUGGAUGCAGAGCAAUGCAGUGGUGGCCGUCCUAGCUGGCAUAGGCUUGGCUGCACUUGUGUCUGAGAGUAAUCGACUGCUGAAUACCAGUGGGCUUCAGUGUCUGGAAUGGCUUUCGGCAACUCUUUUUGUAACUUACCAAAUAUAUUCGAAUUACAGCACUUGUGACCAAAGGACCAACUACGUGAUCAGUAAAUUUGCAAAGAAUCUCCUAGCCUCUAUGCCUCAUGAUGCAAUUAUAUUACUCAGAGGUGACUUGCCAGGGAAUUCUAUCCGUUACAUGCAUUAUUGCGAGGGACUGAGGCCAGAUAUUUCAUUAGUGGAUCAGGAAAUGAUGACUUACGAGUGGUAUUUACCCAAGAUGGCAAAACAUUUGCCAGGUGUCAACUUUCCUGGGAACCGGUGGAAUCCUGUGGAAGGAAUAUUACCUAGUGGAAUGGUCACAUUUAAUCUUUAUCAUUUUCUUGAAAUAAAUAAACAGAAAGAAACGUUUGUUUGCAUAGGAAUUCAUGAAGGGGAUCCAACCUGGAAGAAGAAUUAUGCACUGUGGCCAUGGGGUUCUUGUGACAAAUUAGUUCCUUCAGAGAUUGUAUUCAACCCUGAGGAAUGGAUUAAACUUACCAGAAAUAUCUAUAACUGGACUGAGGAAUAUGGAAGGUUUGAUCUCUCUACUUGGGAAUCUGUGGCCAAUGAGGAGAUGUGGCAAGCAAGGAUGAAAACACCCUUCUUCAUAUUCAGCCUGGCGGAAUCUGCUAAUAUACCUUCAAAUGUGAAAGCUCAGCUCUACGCUCAUGCAUACAACCUUUAUAAGGAGAUUGUCUAUUUUCAAAAGGAGCACCCAGUGAAUUGGCACAAGAAUUAUGCCAUCGCCUGCGAGCGGGUGCUGCGCCUUCCAGAACGAGGUACAGACCCAGAAGUCUUGUUAUCGGAAACCAUCAGACAUUUCCGUCUCUACACUCAGAAAGCACAGUAUGAUCCACAACUGGCUGAUAUUUCAGUUGCUCUAAAGCACCUAAGAAAAGAACUGCAAAUUCUAAGAAAUAUGAAAAAUGUCUGAGACAGCAAAAUGUGAAAAACCUGCUUGGCAUUCAGCUUCCAGAAUUCCAUAGUCCAAAAGUUUUUCCUCCAAGAAAAGAAGCUAUGAAAAAAUAGAAGACUAAGUUGUCUCCCAGAUAUAAGUACAGUAGUACUGUUUCAUGGGGGGUUAGUGACUGAGAGGGGGGUUUUAUGCAAAUCCUUUUUUUUCCAUGUUAUCAAAUUAGUAUUUGAGCAAGAAUCAUUCCAGAAAUUUUCCUACUUCUGCAGUCCUUUACCAGGUAACUGCUUGAUUACAUUCUAAAGAGAGCAAACUAUUUUCAUACUGAAAAUACUGAGCAUAAAUCUUAAGGGCCCUUCUUAUUUGGAUUGGUCUUGAAGGUUAAAUUCUUAAAACAUUAAUACAGGACCCAAGAUUUUAUGUUUCCCAAAAGCGAUAUUGUUGUUUUUUUUUUUUUUUUAAUUGCUAUAUUUCAAGUUAGAAUACUUGGGUUUUUGUUUGUUUUUUUUUUCCUUUUUGACUAACUGUGGUUGUUACAUAAUUUCACAUCUCCAGCUAAACACCAUUUGGGUGAUAUUUUGAAAAAAGUUGGAGUUUUAUUGUCUUAGAUAAUUCUCUGAAUUCACAAAAAAAGAAAGCAAACAAGUUUGCUUUCUUUUUCAGCUACAUAAACUGAUUGACAAGAGAAAAGGAUUAUGUACUCCCUUAAUUAAUUUUAUAUUUAUGUUUGACUGCUGGUUGGGCUCAUAAAUCUGGACCAAAUAAUGAGUAGACUUCUGUGGCCAAAAUGCAAAGACAGGCAGGGGUGAGGGGACGAUGGGGAAGUGGUUCAAUAAAUUCAUUUCUGUUACAAGCAUCUUUUAUACAUAUUACUAAAAAGAACAGAGUAAGAAAUGCAAAUAAUAGUUCUUUAUUUUAUUAUGACAGUUAAUUAAUAGCAACCUGUUUUAAUGAAUAAAGUCACUCAGAGUCCUUCAGCACUUCCUAAGUAGAGGCCAGAAUCUGUAGCGAUUCUUUUCCCCCCAAUUGUAUAGCUCCUAGACUCCAAGCACUAUAUAGGCUCCUGUAUAGAAAUGCUCACUAAUGAAGAGGGAGGGCUAGAAGCUUGUCUGCAUUCAAAGAUCACUGGUGAGUCAUUCAGCAAGAAAAGGCCCCUUACCAGGAAUAGUCACAGUUCCGUGGCAUUGUACUAGCAAAAGGGUCUGAUCAAAGGUCUCCUGUGGAGCUUGCAUGGUUCCCUUUCAUACUACGACCAUAAUUAAAACCACUAAUUCUCUUUUAAAAUGCUGCAGGAUGCCAUGUAGGCAUCUGUCUGGAGUGUCCUUUGUGAUGUCAUAAGCUGUUAAGGACCAGUGCCGAGGGCUUUUGAGUGAAAUGCCAGUCAUGAAGGUGCUUCAAGACAAGGGUGCCUCUAAAAGCUUGACAGGGCCUUGACUGCACAAUUCGAGCUGAAUUUGCCCCUUGUCAGCUGCCAGUAAAUAAAUCUCAAAGGGGGGAAAGCUGAAGUUUCAUUACCUGAUCCAUGGGGCUUUGUUGGUUUUGGCAUCACACAGGGGAAGCUCUUGCCCCUCCAUUCUCUGGAUUUGAAGAUGUCCAUUGGAGCCUGCAGUGCCUGGACAGGGUUCAGAGCGGAACCUUUUGAAGAGUGUCAAUAGUUGUAACAGUUCAGCUGUUAGGAAGACAAAUAAAUGGAGGAGCUCAUUAAUCCGCUUUUGGCUCUCAGUGCCUUUUGCCCUUUUAUCACAGCCUUAUUAGGCUCCUACUCAUCUUGAACCAGAAAAAAAUGAAUUGAAGUUGUUGAGUACUAAUUGGCAAAGACUUUUAAUCAUGGGCCAAGAACUUUCACUGACUUGAAAGUAACUUCUCCACAGGGAAGAACCAAAAACCUGGUUUACCUUAAAACAAAAACCUGUUGGAGUUCAGUGUGGUGUAAAAAUUUAAGGAAGCAUUGAUAAAUUGUCUAAGUUUCUCCAUUUAAAAGAAAUUAUGGAAGAUGAUGAUUCCUACUUUUCCUUUUGUUUACCAUAGUAAACAAAAAUGUGCAAUAAAAUAAAAAUAAACGUUCUCUAGAAUUGCAUUAUUUGUAUUGGUCAGAGAAGAGAUUGCGUGCAGAUGUGAGAUGAUCGUGUUUGCUGCUGAACAACUCUCUAUGUGGAUGUGAAUAUUCAUUUAAACAUCUAUAAUCAGAUGUGGUGUUGGAAGAACCUUAUUAAACGUAUUGUUUUCUACUUAUGGUUUUAAGAAUUUCAGGCAAACGACGGCCUUUUUGGGAGAAGAUAUGCUUACCAAUUUGUGUCUACACGGUGGCCCUAUAUCUGUGUCUGACUAUGCUUUGUGCACUGACAGCACUGUCAGCUGGUGCAUAGAUAUUCUGUGUUUCUGCAACAAUGGCUUGGACCACUCUCUCAGAGGAAUCAAUGAUAUGAUGACCCAAAGUAGAUGGGAUCAUAAUUAUUUAAAUUUCUGAAAUCUAUCAGUCAAUGAAACAGCAAACUGAGCUGAGAUUUGGGGAUGUUGGGCUUCAAUCCCAGAUCAACUACUUGGAAGAAUAUUUCCUUUCUAUUGUGUGAGACAAGUUGCUUUCUUUUUGUCUCUCUUACUUUUCCUUGGCAAGUGCAUCAACACCAUAAAAUCUAACAGAAGGGCUUUCCUUCAGUCUAACCCCCCGACACGGAAGAGAAUGUGAAGGAGGUGACUUCUCAUGGAGGAUUUGGCCAGCAUUCUCCUACCAGUGUCCCUGGAGUGCCAGGGGUUGGCAUGACGACAGGAACCCCACAAAGCCAACUUCUGCCUGGACUUCAGCCUGAGGGGCAAAUAGGAGCCAGCAAAACUGUCUGCCUCUCCACAUGCUGCAGUGCCCUGCUGCCUGGCCCUAGGGCUGGCACACACCCCAGAGGGCAAGUGGAGAAGGGGAUUGGGGCUGCCAUGUUUUCUAAGCCCUAUUCCCUCUGAUGCAAGGGAUGCUAGGUUUUUUGAUAUUGACUUUCUUCUUUUCUCUUUUUGAAUAGAACCCAUUUUAACAAAGCUUUUGUUCUGUUAUUGAAAAUGAAGCCAAAAUAGGAGUCAAUUACUAGCAUAUGAUUUAGAAAUCUUCAAAUAGAAAUUGUGAAGUAUUUUUUCCUACCCAUGUUCUUAGUAUUUUCUGAUGAUGGAACCAUGUUUAGCUUGUAUAUUAUUUAAACAAAGCCCAUUUCAAGUGUUAGGGCUAUUUUAUCACUCCUUGAUGAUUUCCUUAAGUCAUCAGACUAGGAAAUGAAAAGUUUUAAAAUUUUGUAUUUUAAAAGUUAAGCAAACAAUGUGGGUCCUUAAUUAUAGUCCUCACCAAUAUCCAACAGAACAUAACAAUGUUAAUACUUCUAAUAUUCAGGGGAAAAUUGAUACCAAAGGUUGAAAAAAAAUGGAUGCCAUGACAGCAAAUCUGUUUACUCUAUCUUAAUUCCGGUAUAUUUUUUAAAUGCACAGAAGUAGGGUAUUACUUAAAAUUCUGUUCUAACUGGCUUGACAUCUUAUGGUUAGGUAAAGAAAAAAAUCCAGCCCAGCAAGAGAUUCACACUACUUUGUUCAAUCUCAUAUUUUGUUGUGGAUGCAAAAUGAUUCUAAAGCUUAUACUUAUGAACAAAUAAGUAAUGUUUCCAGGGAUUCUGGGAACAUCUAAAGGCCAAGAUCUUGGCACAGCAUUACACAGUAAACAAGGAGCUAAAGCUUUAGCAGCGAUCAUAUUCAAUGAAGACGUCAUUGUCAGUACCCUCCAAAGGUCUGUUUGAUUUGGAUCAGCAUGGAUGGCAUAAAAAAAGCUUUAGGAAUAGAACAAUGUGCUUACCUGGAUAUAGGAAAGCAAACUAAUAGGAAUACAUCUUGAGAAAGGGAUUUUUCUGCAAAUUAUAAUUCUGAUUGUGCUUCAAUAAUGUAACAUACAUUUGUUGAAAAUUGUAUGUACGGUAAAGAUUAGUUUAUGUCAGUCUGAAUGAAAGAUACCUGGUGUGGGGAAAGGAAUGGUAGGGGUUCCACAACUGUAAACAUAAAGCCAGCAAUUACUGACCUGUAAACAGAGCAAGCUGGAUCUUUUCUGCAGAUCCUAGUGUUAUUG